GGCUCCAGGCACUGAGCCUGGCUCCCCGAGAGCAGCUGCAGCAGCGAGAGAGAGAGGGUGUAGUUUGUUGUUGUGGUGCUUCUGUGGCGGAUGGCGUUAUAAUGGGAGCCAGGUGGUUGCUGCAGCUGUGCCUGGCGCUGACACUGUGCCGCUCAGCAUUCCCCCAGCCCGCAGGACACUCAUUUCAAAUACUCCAUGAUCAAACCAGUAGGUGCCUUACGGUGGACAAUGACCGGCUAACAGUGGACAAAUGUUCAGAGUCCAAGAAAACGUUGUGGAAAUGGGGAUCCAGUCAUCGCCUUUUUAACAUGGAAUCUCAGAAGUGCCUAGCACUUGACCUUUCUAAACCUCAGGAUACUUUGAAAUUGGUCUCUUGUGACUCAAAGCUUCAAAACUUUUGGCUGUGUAGUGGUGGACACAUAUAUGGAGCUUCCAGAUACUUAUUAGGUGUAAAAAAUGGAACUGUGGUUGCAACUUUAGAUUCCAAAGAUACCUGGAAGUGGAACGGUACAUCUCAGAACAUAUGUGAUAUUCCAUACCAUGUCAUUUACACAACAAGUGGAAAUUCAUUUGGAAAAUCAUGUGAAUUUCCCUUCCUUAAUAAUGGAACCUGGUAUCAUGACUGUAUCUAUGAUGCUGGUGAGGAUCGUGAAUGGUGCGCAACCUCUGGCAAUUUUGAUGCUGAUGGGAGAUGGGGAGACUGCUUGAAACCAGUGAGCAAUUGUAAUCACACCUGGGCUGAAAAUUCAGAACUCCAGCAAUGCUACCAGUUCAAUGCACAAUCAAGCCUGAAGUGGAAAGAAGCCUACAUGUCCUGUCGAAGCCAGGGUGCAGACUUAUUGAGCAUAUCCAGUCUUGAGGAGUUGAAAUACAUUACUGCGAAUGAAAAGCUUCCUGCUUCUGUAUGGAUUGGUCUUAACCGCUUGGAAACUGGUGGUGGCUGGCAGUGGUCUGACAAUAGUCCAUUGAAUUUUGUCAACUUCGAUGAACACAUCACUGCCUUUACAGUCUUGGAUGGUUCCAGUUGUGGGACACUGAAUGUGAACUCAGGCCAGUGGGAAGUCUUAACAUGUGAUUCCUCUUUGCCAUAUAUCUGCAAGAAGAGAGUAAAUAGCACAACAUCAGAAACCCCUGAUUACUGGCAUUAUGCUGAAACGGAGUGUGCAGGAAACUGGACUGCCUAUAAUGGGUUCUGCUAUGUUCUGCAACAGCCAAACACAUGGGAGGCUGCUGAGAUGUCAUGUAGUAGGGAAAAUGGAAGCCUGAUCAGUCUGCAUUCUCUGGCCGAUAUCGAGCUUGUGGUUACUAAGUUUCAUAGCGAAACUGAAAAUAUUUGGUCAGGAUUUCAAAGUCAAUCUGUCCCAGCUUUAUUUACCUGGUCUGAUGGGACAGAAGCUCAUUAUACGUACUGGGAUAAAAAUGAACCACAUGUGCCUUUCAAUGUGACUCCGAACUGUGUGUCGUUCUCAGGAGAGACUGGUCGUUGGCAUGUUAGAAACUGUUCCGAAAAUUGGAGUUCCAUAUGUAAGAAAUCUGGUAUUAUAAAGAAUGGCACCAAAUCUGACUCUGGAUGUCCGCAAGAUAAGGACUGGAGAAGACACGGACAGUAUUGCUAUCUCAUUAAUAAGGAUGAAGUCUUCUUUGAGGCAAGAUGCAAUCUCACUAUUACAAACAAAUUUGAACAGGAAUUUCUAAAUUCAUUAAUGAGAGACCACAGUAACUAUUUCUGGACAAGUCUGAGAGAUUUAGAUAAAAAUGGAGAUUAUUAUUGGCAAACUGUGGAUGGAAGGAAAGACCUUUCCUAUUCAAACUGGAACACCCAUGAGCCAGUGCUUCCUGGGGGAUGUGUUGCUAUGUCCACUGGAGAAUCUCUUGGAAAAUGGGAAGUCAAAGACUGCAAAACUUUUAAAGCUCAAUCUAUUUGUAAAAAAUUAAUCGGAACUCACAAAGAAGAAGAGCCUCAAAAACCUAAUGCCACAACUUGUCCUGAUGGCUGGCAGGCUGGAUCAGAUAUUUACUGCUACAAGCUAUUUCACAGAGAGAGACUACUAAAGCAAAGGACUUGGGAGGAGGCUGAGGGAAUUUGUGAAGAGUUUGGUGGCCAUCUUGCCAGUUUUUCCCAUAUAAAGGAAAUGACAGACUUUUACUUGUUUCUAAAAUCAUUGGUCAGUGAUACACGGUCGAUCUGGGUCGGGCUAAAUAAAAGGAAUUUGGGAGGCUGGGAAUGGAGCGAUAGCCGCCCGAUCUCUUCUACUAUAUUGGAUGACUUCCAGGAUGAGGACUUUAUCCUCCGAGACUGUGCUGCUUUUGAGAUUAAUCUACCAAAACGGAGUUUGUGGAUGUGGCAUGUAGACCUGAUCCAAGAAAGGGAGUAUAGUUUGAAACCGUUCCACUGUGAUGCACGACUUGAGUGGGUGUGUCAGGUUCCCAAAGGUGCUUUAUUGAAGAGUCCAGAGUGGUAUCAACCAGAGUGGAAACUUAAAAGGGGCCCUCCAGUCGUUAUUGAAGGUAGUGAAUAUUGGUUUGUGUCUGAUAAAAAACUUGGCUACAAGGAAGCUGCAUUGUAUUGUGCCAGCAAUGGCAGCAAGUUGGCAACCAUCGAAUCCUUCAACGAACAGUUCGCCAUACAGGAUCAGAUAAAGAAAUCAGGAGACUCUUCGUUCCAAACAUUAUUUCAAAAGUGGUGGAUAAAGUCUUUGAAUUUCAGAAGUCACCGGCACUUCACACUUUUCCGGGUCCUUAGCACAGGUUUCGGUGACUGCUCUUAUAUUUCGGGGCUCAGUUAUUUAUCAGACGCAUUUCAUCCCAUUAACUGCAACGAAAGACUUCCAUUUAUAUGUAGAAGUGAUAAUGUUUCCCUGUUAGAAAUAGUGAGCACCAAAAUAUACAACUCUUCUGGAGAUUGCCCUGGAAAUUGGACCUCAUUUGGAAACAAGUGCUUUGUAAAAGUGCCUCCAAAAUACUUGAAAUUCAAAGAAGCAAAUGAUUAUUGCUUUAACUUCGGGGGAAUUCUUCCUUCAAUCUCAGACCAGCUUGAGCAAGAUUUCGUUAUCCAUUUAAGUACUGACAUGAUGCAAAAAUUUUGGAUUGGUCUCAGAAUUACAAUGAAUACUCCUCAAAGCACUUGGCUUGAUGGCCGUGAUAUCACCUAUACAAACUUCCAUCCGAUAUUACAAGGAAGACUGAAGAGGUUUGAGUUUGAUCGUUUUGACGGUGAGAAAAACAAGUUGUGUGUGUUUUUCCUGAAUGAUCCCAAAUCAUCAUUUAUCGGGACAUGGAAUUUCACAGCUUGCUCAGACAUGCAAUAUGUGACUAUCUGUCAAAAAGCUAAAGAUGGCAAUGUGACAACAACGCAGACAGUUGUACCAGAAGACCUAGAAUACAACGGGAAAAAGUACAAAAUUAUUCACCGGAACAUGACCUGGUACACAGCUUUGUCAGAAUGUCAAAGCAAAGAUAUGGAACUGGUCAGUAUAACUGACCUAUACCAGCUUUCCUUUCUUGCGGUCACUAUUGCCCAAGUUGGCCACCCAAUGUGGAUCGGACUCUCUAGCAGGAAUGAUGGGAUCCACUACCGAUGGCAGGAUGGAAGUCAAGCUACACUAAACCGAUGGUCUGAGGAGUAUCAAGAGGAUGGGGAAUGUGUUUAUCUGGCUGUUGAUGGCACCUGGAGGACUGAAAGUUGUGACAUUGAGUUACCUGGAGCAAUUUGUCAUGUACCACCAAAUGAGCCAGAAAAGAAGCCAUAUAACACCAGCGCCUGUCCUCACAGGGUUCAAGACACUGUAUGGAUUCCUUACCAAAACAACUGCUACGCCUUCCUGUUGCACCAUAAAAGAUGGUCACCCACUGUCUGCCAUUCUCUCCAUCCAGACGCUUUUGCCCUGAGCAUCAGAGAUGAGGCUGAAAAUAUGUUUGUAUUUAGUCAUCUACAGCCAUACAUUGACCUGGUCCAGUGGGUUUGGUUGGGAAUAAUUUAUGAUGGAAAUGAAAAACAGCUUCGAUGGCAUGAUGAGUCCUUUGUGCAAUACUCAAACUGGAGAGCCGGGAGGCCACCAUUGACUAAUAACAGCUUUUAUGCAGGAAUGAAGCUAGAUGGAUUUUGGGAUAUUUUCAUCAAUCCGAAGAGCUUUGACCAGGCAUUUGUUACACAACACUCCAUUGUGGCUUGCAAAAUCGAAAUGGGUUCAAAUGGAGAAUAUAUGAAAAAAUUGCCAACUGCUAUACCUUAUGGGAAUCUCACAUACCAGGUUCUGAAAAAGAAGCUUACAUGGUUUGAAGCCAUUAGGGAAUGUAAACAAAGUGACAGUCAUUUGGCAAGCAUCCAAGAUCCAUAUCAGCAAUUAUUUGUGGAACAUAUUGUAAGACUAGACGGGUUCCCACUUUGGAUUGGUCUGUGGAAUAAUGACGGGACUGGUUCAAAUCUGGAAUGGUCAGACGGUACUGCAUUUAAUUAUACCCCUACUGGCAUGAAAAAGGCAGUGCAGUUAGUAGGUUGUACAUAUCUGGAUACAAAGGGAGUCUGGCUUUCCAAGGAUUGUUCAGAGGCGCUAGAUGGAGCACUGUGCUAUAAAUCGUCUACAAUACAACCUAAAUUGUAUACAGAAGAUAAGCUCUGUCCCAAAACACCUGGUUCUGGGCGAUGGGUACAUCAGAAGGAUUUCUGCUACGGUUUUGACAUGAAGAUUUACAACUACUCUGUAUACACCAGUGAGGAGGCCAGACAUUUCUGUGAAACUUUAGAUCCCACCUCCACACUGUUGACUAUAAAUGACGAGGAGGAAAAUGCUUUUGUUAGUAGAUAUUUGAAGGCUGAUGCACUUCUCACCAAUAGAGUUUGGCUCGGUGUCAAAUCCAACUUGAAGGAUCAGAAAGCAGUAUGGCUUAAUGGGUCCCCAAUACAAUAUAGUAACUGGAGCACUGCACAGAAGGAAACCAGCGACUCCUGUGCUAUUUUGUUACCUGAAACAGGAACGUGGCACAAAGUUCCGUGCACACCUGGUCAUGGAAGAGUCGUCUGCAAAUCGCCUCUGAAAUCUACUGGUGCAGGGCUCGCAGUUGGCCUUGCUGUGUUAACAAUUGUUGUCCUCAUCGUCGGACUGCUCUUCUACCUCUACAAAACGCGAAACAGUCUUUUCUUCUCUUCAGUUCGGUAUCGCCGCGCAGAAGAUCAGAUGGAGUCCAUGAUUGACUACUCUUAAAACUUUUUGCUUUCAAAUUUGCACCUGAAUUUUUAUUUUGCACAAAUGGAAGAAACCUUUAACCUGUUCCGGUGUUGUGGUAUUUAAGUACCUCCCGGCGAGACAGAUUUAUGGAUUAAAUCGAUUUUUUAUUUUUUUUUAUGUAAAGUUUAAAAAUAUUGGGUAUAUUUUCCUGAAAGUGUUUUACAUUUACUUCAUAGUCUACAACAAAUUCCACAUUUUGAUCUCAAGUUUACCAAUACAUAGUGUGUUUAUAGAAUGACCAUUUUAAUUUAAUCUUCAGUUUGUGCAACCUAAACUUUAUAAUAUACUCCCUUGUCUAGAAAUAUUGUGCAAGUCCGUAGAAGAGGCAGGGUAGUGGUGAUUGACCCCUCAGAAAAUAUAUAUAUUUAAUUAGUCUUUUUUUCAAUACCUAGAAUCUUAAUUUGUCUUCUAAUCCUUUAUAAUAAAAGGUUAAUGCUGUGCCUCGCCUCUAUGGGGGGAAUUCAAGUGUUUUGCGCGCCGGCAGCCAAUAGAUGGAGCUCGACGGAUCAAUUCAAGUUUCUUUUUCAUCCACUAGGGGUCACUGGAGUACUCUUGGGAUAUGGACCGGGCGUAGCCGGAAAUGGCACAUAUUUAAAUAUUUAAAUUAGUAACUGGCCAUCCCCUCCAUAUUCCCAUAGAGCCUUCAGUAUUUUUCUGUGCCUCUAGUCGGAAGGUACUGUGGACUGAAUGUCCUUCGAUCUUCAAGCAAGAUUAUAUAUAUUUUGUUUUUUUCUACCUGAUCCCUUCCCAACUUAUCAGAGAAGUUCGGGUUAAGGAUCAUUGGUGCUGCAUUAGUCAGCAGAUGGUCUGCCGGUGCUCAUACAAAGGGCCCCGCCAUUGACCAAAAUCAGCGCAGCUGAUUGCAGCCACUGGCUGCACAAGGACGCAGGACGGCGCUUACAGAGAAGUCCCGUCAUGGCCUCCGCAGGUGGUGCAGGUACUGAGCGGUAGGCAGCUCUCACUGCCGCCGCUCACUUACUUAUUUUUUCUGUCUAUUGCGGGCGGUCAGCUCACACUGCCGCCCAUUAUGGGGGGACUGUAUGUGUUUAUAUACUUUAAUUGUAAACGUUCCCCUGUUGCCUGCCACUAGUAAAACCUUGCUGCCACUAUAAUGCUCCACUGGACUUGCAGAGGGAGCCAGCGAGCGAAUCCCGGCACUGCGCAGGCCGCUCCCCGUCUCGCCGGCGUCCGCGCAAUCCGUUUUCCUCCCUACCCUGGUACGGCUCUGGUGGGGUGAGCGGCCGAGCUGACCGCGGACAGCUGCUGCCGCGGCCCGCUCUGGCAGCCGCUCACCAAUCUCCGACGUGCAGUCCUUCACACGGCCGCGGUAAGACUUGCACUCCCCGUCUCCCGUCUGCUAAACAACGGGGGGGGAGCAGUGUGGGGGAAAUCGGCAGCCAUAAUAAAGGCUGUACCUGCAAAUAAUACUCUUCUGCAGGAGAGAGAGGGGGGGGGGGGGGGGAGGCCCCAAUAACUAAGCUGCGUUUAGGCAGCAAAAUCAUCAGGAUUUUAAGCCUGUGGCCAAUAUCAGAGUCUCUGUUACAUAUACAAUAUAACUGUUGUGUAUAUAUAUAUAUGUGUAUAUUUAUAUAUAUAUAUAUAUAUAUGUGUGUGUGUGUGUAUAUGUGUUUGUGUGUUUACACACUGAUAGUAUACAGAUAGGGGUGUCUGUGUAUAUAAAUGUGCAUGUAUUAAUAUAUAUCUAUGUGUUUAUAUUUAUAUAUAUAUAUAUGGAACUUGGUGUAUCAGCAAUCUUGCACUAAGCAAGCACAUGGCGGACACCAUUUUAACAUUACUUCCUGGUUCUUCCCAGGAAGUUGCUGCCCUACAACACUCGGCCUCUAGAGGAGCCGGGGUGUUGUUAGGAAUUUUAUUUUCUUGGUUUUGUACAAGCACAAGAUGAACACGUGUGCUGUAAUGUAGAUUUAUACACACUUUAUUUACGUGGUACUAAGUCACGGUACUGGUCUAUCCUUCUGUACUUGCUUGUCCGUGUACAUACGGAGUAAGUAUAAGACAUAGCAGCUUCGCUGCACAGUCCGUCGGACAAAUACGACUGUACAUACGCACUAUUGCCGUUCCUCGUUGGGGGAGGCUGGCGUAUAUACUGACUGGGGACACUUGUUAUUAUUGUUUUAUAAUUUGACCGUUUCAGGGUUACCCGUCGCAGUGUGCCCUACAGUAUACAGCAGUAGGGGUGUUGUUUAACAUGGUUUGGGCCGGGUUUUGGCUUAACAGGGCAGUGGUUGCAUGGCAAUACAGUUCACGUUUGCCCUACAAGAAGAACACAUUACGCUUCUCGCUGAUCACACUUGUGAUUCUGCUCAAUAUCUAGGUACAGUUUCUGUGGACGUCAGCCAGUUUAGUUCUCGCUUUUCAGCUUCACUAGUGCGGCACAACGUGCUUUUUCGCUACGUUCUUAACAGGACGGCGUCCGUUUCUAAACGAGAAUAGAAACAUUACCUUGCGCUGGCUACAGGUUUCGUCCUGUCUUGGACAAAUUCCAGAAUAAAUAUACUCAGAAUAUAGUCUUUACAUCUCAGUCCUUUCGGGGCCGUGCUACAGACAGCCACAGACGGGUCAGGUGGUAGUAAACGUGGUUUACGAUAACCUCUGAUUGUCCUCGAUAUACGGUUAAAGUGCUGCCACCUACUUCCAGGCAUCUUUAACCAGGGUUUUAGUGGCGUUUACAGCUAAGCCACUGAACAACCAGGGCCAUAAUGAGUUUCCAGCCCAUCGCCGAUCGUCAGUUGUGGGCAUCCACAGUUGGGGGAUCCGCAAUUUUGGGUUCGCAGUUUACAAGAUAAAGGUUGAUUGUUUUCCACCAUUGCAAUUUGCAAGACGGGUCUGCCUGGGUCAGAAGCUCUAGUAGAUUGAGCAGUUUGACUGCGGUCAACAACAGAGUCACGGUCAUUAUUCCAGUUUGGGGUAGUUCCAAGGCUGGCUGACUCUGUCAGUCCGAUACUGACCCUUUAGGUCAAUCAGUGCGUCGCUUACUACAGAUUCAACAGAGGAAUACCUGCAGUUGGUGACUACAGGUUGACAUCCACAGUGAUUCUGGAUUUCAACAGGAAUAAGUACUUAGACGCAUCAGGCCUACUUAGGCUGCAGUAAAACCCAUUCUCGCUUUCAAGCGCUACCGUUUUGGCUUCGUAUGGCGCCUAGGGUUGUCACAAGUAAUGGCUAUCGUGAUAGCUCAUCCCUGGAAGUGAUAACCGUUCCGUGUUUUGCAGAUCUGCUCAUUAAAGCUCCGUCUCAAAACUUCAUCAUGCAACGGGCCUUACUAACGUACAAUGGCGUCAUUCAGCACGGUUAGAUUGUUAACCUCGAGAUAUCAAGCCUCAUUCCGUAACAUCGGACUCAAGCAUAGGGAUAAUUCCAUGAUUACACGGAUUAACAUGCCUGAACACAACACACAAACUGUUCGUCAAAACGUACAGUUCCUACGCAAGCCUCGGAUAGUCUUGAUCCGUUUGGCCUUUUGCCUAUUGGAAAGGAGAGUGACGUCUUUCGACACACUCCAGUUCGCAAGGAGUCACUCAGGUCAUUUUCACCUGGAUGUUCUUGCACGCUCCUACAAGUUCAUCAAAUAGUACGGUUGUCUCUAAGGGCCAGAGUUUAACUACCCUAGUGGCUCCAAGUACAUAAUUUUACCGCAGGGACAAUGUUCGGCGUCUGGAAUUGGAUAAUUCUAAAAAUGGAUGCAAGUCUCAGAGGUUGGGGACCUGGGGUCCCAAAUGAUCAACUUCACAAAUCAUGGAAGAUUUCGGUCAAACGCGCUGCGGCAAGCGGACCACAUGCUCCGGUCUCAGACUGUCCAGGUGCGGUCAGACAACACAACGGCGAUCGCAUACAUCACCAAUCAAGGAGGGAUUCGAAGUCCCAUGAACAUGCGGCAAGUUGCUCGAUGUUCAUUCUGGGAGUGAACAGCUGCAAGGCAGCUUAUUCCAGGUCACUGAGCAUUGAAUUCUUAAGUGUUCCAGAUGUUGGUCCAGCGGUGGAGUUACCCACAGGGGUAUCUAUUGGCAUCUCGCAAAAAAAAAAAAAAAAAAAUCAAACAUCCCAGUAUGUGUACAUCCCAGUAUGUGUCCAGUACAAAAGCUCCGAAGGCAGCAGCUGGGGAUGCUCUCACGAUCGCGUGGCUGUACAGCGUUGUGACUCUGUUACAAUGUUUACGCUGCUUCCUCGGGUACUAAAAUUGAUCAUACAAGAAUCCAUGACAGUCAUACUAGUGGCGCCACAUGGGCCUCGGAGGGCAUGGUUCUUGGAUCUCCGCGACCUACUCGCAGCCGAUCCUUCACAUCUCUCGCCACGUCCGGACCUGUUCCACCAGGGUCCGUUCUUUUACCCCGAUUUAGCGCGGCAGCGUUUGACGGGGUGGCUGUUCAAAGCGCUCUCUUAAGAACGGAUGGCAUUCCAGAAUCUGGUAUACAAACCAUGUUAGGGGCUAGGAAGCCAGUACGGCAGCUCAUUAUCACAAGAUUUAGCGUGCCUCUAUAAGUUGGUGUGACGCUCAGAAGUUUCCAACAUUAUUUUCAGGUUGUCCCGUCUUUUAAUAUUUUACAGACUGGGUUUGGUGAAGGAAUAUAUUCUACACUCAAGGUGCAGGUCUCUGCCAUGUCAAUUUACCUGCACACCUUCCUGCAAGGUCUCCUCAGACGACCUCCAUUUAUACCACCUCCAGCGCCAUGGGACUUAAUCUGGUUUUAGGAUUUUUGUUUACAGUCUUAAUUUGUUGAAUUCUUACAACAGGUGGAUGUUAAGUUUCUCAAUUGGUAAACGAUUUUCUCUUAGCCUUAGCCUCUCAGCAAGGCGUGUUUUAACAUUGGGAGCCUUGUCAUGCAAGGCACCCUAUCUGCUGUUUUAUGAUCAUAGGGCGGAACUUCGCACAAAUUCCGUUUUCCUGUCAAAGAUAAUAUAAUGUCACGCAUCAAUUAAUUAAUGUAGUUCCUGGGUUAUCAAUAUGUUCGGGAACUUAAGUUACUUUGAAUGUGGUACGCGCACUACGCGUUUAUGUAACCCAAACAUCAGUUGUACGUAGAACAGACACAUUGUUCUCUAUAAUGUAGUGAAGAUGGCUUUACCAGCUUCCAAGCAGACCUUAUGUCAUACGUCAGGCUUAGCUUCAUAAUAGGCUACAACGCCUGCAUCAGGGUCAGACCAUUCCACACGUUCUAGUGAACGUCAUAAGCGUGCUUCAACCGCCUACAUCAUGGUCAGACCAUUCCACACGUUCUAGUGAACGUCAUGAGCGGGCUUCAACCGCCUACAUCAGUGUCAGACCAUUCCAUACGUUCUUUGGGAACGUCAGGAGCAGCAGGUCGUGGAGUUUCUACGAAACUGCUUAGACGAGUUGCUACAUGGUCAUCAGUGCAUGACCAUCAGUGCGCAUGUUGGUGCGCUUUUACAGGUUGGCUACGUUUACGGCAUCAGCAUUUAGCUUUGGCCGUGUAGUGUUACAGGUGCCAAACAGCUCUCCCACCCAACGGGAAACUUUGGUACAUCCCAAGAGUACUCCAGUGACCCCUAGUGGAUGAAAAAGAAAAUAGGAUUUUGGUACUUACCAGGUAAAUCCUUUUCUUUGAAUCCAUAGGGGGCACUGGACGCCCACCCAGAGCAGUUUUACCUGGUUUGUGGUAAGUUCAGGGGAUCUUAUGGUAACACCACCAAUGCAUUCGAUGUUAUGGUAUCAACUGAUUGUUAUCAGUUACGUUAUGUGUCAACUUUAGGGUUAUAGGUUCAUAUAAUGUUAUAUGUAAUUCUCUAUGGUUCAUCCUCUCUAUUACUCCUGUUCGGCCCAGUAAAAAUACUGAAGGCUCUAUGGGAAUAUGGAGGGGAUGGCCAGUUACUAAUGUAAAUAUUUAAAUAUGUGCCAUUUCCGGCUACGCCCGGUCCAUAUCCCAAGAGUACUCCAGUGCCCCCUAUGGAUUCAAAGAAAAGGAUUUACCUGGUAAGUACCAAAAUCCUAUUAUUGCUCCUUUCGGACGCACACAGUUGCCGGUGCUGACCUUAUUUUGUUCUGUCAUUUUGACGGGCUGGUAACUACAGUAGUUUGGUAUAUUUAUUAAUAGCACAUUAGUCUGGAAGAGAACUACUGUAUUUGGGGUAGAAGUUUAUAGCGUUAGAAUAUAGCUAACAAAUAUUUCAUAGGGUUUGUACAAUUGGGGUAAGGUCAAUUAACCUGCACAAGAAGAGUGUGCAAUAUGCAAGGGAUUUUGUUUUGUAUCCAGUAGGGUUCAUGGGUAAAGUUGAAUAAGUCUCCAUGGGAACCCAAAACUAUCUUUUGGAAACCACAGGUAGCAUAACUCUGUAUUAAUGCAGUGAUUGGAAAAGUGUAAAAGCUAAACCUUUUUUUUUUUUUUUCUGGUUUGAUUGUAAGUAACUAGCCAUUUGUUAAAGGGCUUUUAAUGGUUGUGUGUAGCUAGAAUGCAACUGUAUUUACUGAUCACUUCCUUUAACUUUAAAAGCAAAUGAAGGAUGUGAAGGGUUAUGUUAGAUUUUUGGUGUGUAUAUAUAUAUAUAUAUAUAUAUAUAUGUGUGUGUGUGUACUACUGACUCAGGUAUUGGACAAUAAAAUAAAUUUUUAUUGGAUUUUGCCAUUAAAAAUACUUUUCAAGAUACAAUUACAUAAGUUUGUUACAAGAGUAGUCCACUUUCAUGAAAUGUUUUUAAUUAUUUGUUUAACAUUUUUAAGGGGUUAAAUGGAAAGAAUGAAUCUAUCUGCUAUAUACACUAGUGGUUGCUCCUAUGUGGUGUGGCCGGGGGGCCUGUAAGGAUGCACAGGAUUGUGAUCCCAUGCAUGUACACAAAUUAGGAAGCUGGACAAUGUUUAGGGGCUGCAUCGGUUUUAGCCCCUAGAUGCUGGGAAGGGCUGUCAUGAUAAUGGGAGUGGCUUCCCAUAGGAAGUGCUCUCUGCAAUCACAGGGCAGGGAUGGGGAACCUUUGGCCCUCCAACUGUUGAACUACACAUCCCAGCAUGCCCUGCAACAGUUUUAGCAUGGCCAGAUAGCAAAACUGUAGCAAGGCAUGCUGGUAUGUGUAGUUCCCCACCCCUGCUCUAGGGAGAAAACACCUCCCCUUGGGGCUGCCUGUCUCUUGGGAAGCCACUGCCAAGCAGUGCUGCAGGUAGCAGGUUUUACUGACACUUUUACUGACACUUCUCUAAUACACUUAGACUCUCUCUGAUACACUUACAUAGUGUAUACAGUAUAGCACUUUCCUGCUCAGUAGCUCCUCCCACCUUCAUUAGGCCUGUCACAGUGCAUGUUCGCUGUGAUAGACAGCCUGAUACACUUCAGGAGCCACAAGGGUAGCCAACUAACCAUCAGUGGGUUGCUGAUUAGUCUUUAAAUUAAGAAGUUAAAAGAAUACAUUUAAUGAAAGAAAAAGAUGCUUAUAUCAUGCAAUAACAUAAGCAGGUAUUUUAGGUACGUUUUCCAAGUUACAAGAAAUCAGACAAUAAUGCAGGUAAAGGCCCAGAGGGUUACUCUUUGCCAUCACUGAUCUAGGGCUUCAUUAUCUUAUUGGCCUUCUUCAGAUAUGACCAUCUGGUGUUUGUGAUGUUGGUGGGGGGCACCAGCUGUGCUCCAAGACUCUCCAGCCUUAGCCCUAUGAAGAUUGCAGGAGCUGUAGGACAGGUGUGUCCUAUAUACGUCAUACAAAAAAAGGUGUAUUUAUAGCAGGCAGAGAUCAGUUAUGUUCUGUUUUGCAAAUUUAACCCAUAGAAAAACCUCCACAAAACUGUAACCAUCCUUUUUAAGGUCUAUGGGGAUUUUGGUCACUGAAUAAAGCUUAUUAUGGA